AUGAACUUUGUAUUCAAACUCGAAACUCAUCUUGAACGAUAUGCGUUGCAAGAAGGGUUUUCUUAUAUAAAAACAAGAAUUGGGUAUCGUUUGAGUCAAGAUGAGAUGAAAGAUGGUGGCUACGAUGAUAAUCUUAAUAUUAAUAAUAAUGGUCCAGCACGGCUGAUUGAAGCUCAAAAUCAAAAUAAAACUCGAAUUAAAAGUCAUUCGUAUGAUGAUAAACAUUGGCCAAGAAUUCCAAGACUAUCAACUUCUAGAGUACUCAUCAAAACUGGAUUAGAUCAAGACAUAUUUGGAACUAUUAACGAAUGA